GACGUUUUUAAAGAGGGUUUACCCUCUCGCUUCAGUACAUUCUCUCUGCCUCCGCUCCAAAAGGCUGCAGUUGGCAGUCGCGCCCUGAUCGCAGCUUCUCACACUCCCCGCGAGCUUUUAUUCCCACGCGCGCUGCGAACUCCAGCUGCUGGAUUUUUAGCAGAAAUGUUGUUCUGCCGAGCUGUUUGGCAGAGACUUGGGCCUCUGGCACGAAAGACAGUGUUCCUCCCCUUAUUCAAAAAUGCUGGUCCGAAACGACAGAUGUCCUUCGGGAUCCCUGGAGGCUCCGCCACAAACAUGGCCUACGUUGUUCUGUGUGGGGGGGGCCUCACCGCUGCUGUGGUAUACGCUUACAAGACUGUGAAUGGUGACAGCGAACGAUACAACGACCGGCUCGUCGAGAUCGGCUCCAGGCAGAAGGGUGAGGAAGAGGCAGCUCCAUCGGCGGAGGAAGCCGAGCUAGCAGAGGAAGCCGAGCUGGCGGCCGAGGCCGUAGAGGCCCCAGAGGAAACGGCGCCAGUCGACGUGGAAGACGUGGCAACGGUUGCAGACCAACCUGUUGCAGAGGUUGCUGUGGAACCGGAGGUCGCGGAGGUCGUUGCCACUGAGGCCGUUGCCGAGGUCACGCCCGAGGCUGACCCGGAGGUCGCCUCCGAGGCUUCUCCUGGAUUCUCGGAAGAGGCCCCUAUCGCAGAGGCGCCCGCGGUUGAGGCCCACGGUGAGGAGGAGGAAGAAGAGGCGGAGGCGGCCCCCGACGCUCCUGAGGCAGAGGCAGUCACCGUCGCAGAGGCGCCCGCGGUUGAGGCCCACGGGUCUGUGUCGGACAUCCUGUCUGCUUCCAUGAAGCUCCUGGUGGGGACAGAGAUAGCGGCCGCCUCCGUGGCCGAGAGGAGGCUCAUUUCCGCCGUCCAACGCCUAGAAGACAAGGCUCUGGAAUCAUUGCCCUCCACCAACAAUAUACCACAACCACCAGAGCCGAAAGCAGAGGGAGUAGCUGAGGCCCCAGGUGAAGAAGGCGAGGCAAUUGUCAUGGAAACCGAAGAGCCCAAAUCUGAAGGGGAGGCGGCAACCACUGAGCCCGAGGAAAUACUUCAGCUUGUUGCUGAGGAAGUUGCCAUAGAGGAGGAGCAGAUGGCUACGACUUCCCUUAACGAGGACAUGGAACUUGUUGCCGUUGAGGGGGAGGAGGAGGCACCAGUUGUAGAGCAGGAUUCCUCAGAAGAGACACAGGCCCCUGCAGGAGAAGACUUCUCAUCUGUGGUAAAGGUUGUAGCAGUGGACACCGCCCCUAUGGAAGAGGUACAAGCAGUAGCCGACGAGACCCCAGUUCCGCAGGACGCCGCCCCUGUGGAAGAGGUACCAGCAGUGGAAGAGGUACCAGCAGUAACAGAGGAGACACAGGUUCUACAAGAGGCUGCCCCUGUAGAAGAGGUACCAGCAGUAGCCAACGAGACCCCAGUUCGGCAGGACUCCGCCCCUGUGGAAGAGGUACCAGCAGUAGCCGACGAGACCCCAGUUCGGGAGGACGCCGCCCCUGUGGAAGAGGUAUCAGCAGUAGCCGACGAGACCCCAGUUCCGCAAGACACCGCCCCUGUGGAAGAGGUACCAGCAGUAGCCGACGAGACCCCAGUUCGGGAGGACGCCGCCCCUGUGGAAGAGGUAUCAGCAGUAGCCGACGAGACCCCAGUUCCGCAAGACACCGCCCCUGUGGUAGAGGUACCAGCAGUAGUCGACGAGACCCCAGUUCAUCAGGACGCCGCCCCUGUGGAAGAGGUACCAGCAGUAGCCGACGAGACCCCAGUUCGGCAGGACUCCGCCCCUUUGGAAGAGGUACCAGCAGUAGCCGACGAGACCCCUGUUUGGCAGGACGCCGCCCCUGUGGAAGAGGUACCAGCAGUAGCCGACGAGACCCCAGUUCGGGAGGACGCCGCCCCUGUGGAAGAGGUACCAGCAGUAGCCGACGAGACCCCAGUUCGGCAGGACGCCGGCUCAGGGGAGGCUGCCGAGGCGGAGGAGCCAGUAGCUGUGGAGGCGUACCAAAUGUCUGAGGACGAAGAACUCGUCAUACAGGCAGCUGCGCUGGCAGCAGCCUCCGUCUCGGAUGCUGUUGAUGUAGAGACUGAGGCAGCAUCAGUGGAAGUCAAGAAGGCCGAACAAGGUGACGAAUGCCAUUGCAAAGCCCAAGCCUCUGGGGAGGUGGAAGUUGCAGAGGCAGAAGCAGCCCCUGUGGAAGUUGGCCCAUUGGAGGAAGCAGCACUUGAAUCUGUGGAUGAAGUUGAGGCUCCCCGUGAUGUUAUGGAAGUAUUGCAGGAGGCCAUGCCUGAGUCUGAGGUGGUCAUACUGGCUGAGGGCAAAACGGAGUUGGUUGAGGUGGAAGGACAGACUACCAGGACAGUAAAAAGGUCAUGCUCAGUGAUGUAAUAAGUACAGUACAAAAGGUGCACAGAGCAUGAGCCUGACACUGGUGACAGCCCAGUCAUGAGGGGAUAAAAUAGAGACGUGCCUUCCAGAAACAGUCAGCACCCACCGCUCAGUCCUGCAGAAUGAUUAGCACGCGCACACACACAAAAAUUUAGAGUACACAUUAUUUGGGUCCCUCUAAUUCUCUUCUAUAACAAUAGUAAGUUGUCAGCUCAGUAGGAGUUCUCAUUCAGCUUCUGUCUUGUGCACAUCUGGAAGGUUUGAGGUGACAGUUAACAGAUUUCUAACUGAAGGGAGUCUGACUAGAUCCCCAAAGUACUUCCCAAAAGACACCUUACCCCGGAUUAGGUGCACUAUGUUGACCAGCCCCAUAGGAGAAUAUGAUCCCAUUUCUUCUUUAACUUACCCAUAGUUAAGGCUGUUAAAAAGCUGUACAAGACCACUACAUUUAGGCAAAGAAAUUAGGACGACUAGUAAUUUGAGUUACUAGUCCCCCCCAGAGAAUUAAAUAAAAAAUGGAAUUGGUGUAUAAACUAAUAGAUUAAGACUAUAUAGAUUAUUUUAUACUUGAAGGACUGAGAAAGGUUAAUUCCAAAUUAAGUUUAUUACAUUUAAAGGGGAACUCUGUAGAAUCCUGCUGCUAAACAAUAACACAAUUUGGUAAAACAUUUUUAUUUGAAACAUGAACUUAAAACAUGCCCUGCAGAUGUCUACUGGUUAUCUUUGCUUGUAUGUGAACCUGUAGGGAAGUAAUUAUUGCCCCUUUAAGUUAUUUGGCAGACUUCCUGUAAAUUGAAUAUACAGUGUUUGGUUAUAUUUUCAUACUUUUUUUUGGUUCUUGCCCCUGUGUAAAUGUAAUCCACUAACCUGGUAUGUUAAGCACCAUACUGUACUAACUGCAUUCGAUAUUUAUUUUUUAAUGAGAGUAUGUCUUGAUUAGUUUGUGCACAAGCCAUUAGAUCGCUGGUUGCUAGAUGUUAUGAUACUCUUUUGAUGAAAAUAUGCAAAGCUACAUGUAAUAGUUCUGCCUGUGUUAUUUCUUGUUCUGCUAUACAAAACACAAUAUUCAAAGGCUAGUUGUCCAUAAUGUUCUGUCGUCAUAUGGUCAUGUUGUUAAUCAACGUUUUGUAUGUUGAACUUUUGUUUCCUGUGAUACAUUUAUAGUAUGUGUGGGAAGAUGCUAUUUGUUAUUACUUUAUAAAAGGUCAAUGCGCAGUUA